UAUCGAUUGUUGACCAUCUCUAUUAAGCCCAUAACCUUGUUUAUUAUUUUUAUUUGUUUCCUGAGCUAAAACAUUAGAUAAAAUUGUUUAAAACACCUUCGACAAAAUGACUAACAAUGAUGCGCUGGCGGAGACAGCCGGAUCCAGUCGAGCUGGCGGCAGCAAACAGCAGCCUAAGCUAGAAAUCACCGAGAAAGUGCGUGUCCUUUGUCUGCACGGCUACCGCCAGAAUGGAGAUGCCUUCAAAAACAAGCUGGGAUCCUUCCGGAAGUUCGCCUCCAAGUAUGCGGAGUUUGUGUUUAUUACGGCGCCGCAAGUGGCUGCUGCUUUAGAGUCGUCAGCGGAACCUGUACCGGAGCAGAGGAGCUGGUGGGCAAAUAAGGACGAUGGAUCCUUUAAGGGAACGAACAAAGGUGGACCUGCCUUUGGCUUCCAGGAGAGCCUGCGAUGCGUGGAAGAGGCGUGGAGCACGCAGGGCCCAUUCCAAGGACUCCUGGGUUUCUCACAGGGCGCAUGUUUCGUGGGAAUAAUAUGUGGCCUUGCCAAAAAGAAGUUGACCUCCAUCCGCCCGGAGUUUGCAGUGCUUUCCUCGGGCUUCUUAUCCGGCAGUCUAGUGCACAUGAGCGCCUACGAGGAGGCUAUCAGCAUACCCACUCUGCACAUAUACGGUCAGACGGACGAAAUUAUACCCAAGGAUAUGAGCGAAUCCCUGGCCGCGCAUUUCAAGAACGCUGAGGUGCUGGAGCACAGUGGUGGCCACUACUUUCCGGCCACGGCGCAGCAGAAGCAGACGUUCAUCAACUUUUUCCAAGACCGGUUGCAGGAGUUUCUGGAGCACCAGGAGCUGCAGCAGAGCGGCAAUGCCUCCUUUGUGGACAGCGGAGCGGAGGAUGACAACGAUGCCGAGGUGGCCGCCAUGACGGCCGAACUGGACGAGAGUGAUUAGCUAAAGCACAGGGGUUUUUUCGUUCGUUUUUAAUAAUAAUUAAAUCUUAUUAUUACAAAAAUAAUGAUUUGAUUAUAAAUUAUAAUAUAAUUAGAUCCCAAUAUUGUUUAAA